AUGCCCCUUAAAGUCCUGAUCGUAGGGGGUGGACUUGCUGGCUUCGCCGCAGCGAUCGCGGUGGGGCGAAAGGGGCACACAGUAGAAAUUUUUGAAAAAUCAAAGUUCUCCAACGAAGUUGGAGCCGCGCUACAUUUCGGCCCGAGCUGCGCGCGCGUCUUCAGGGAGCUGGAUAUUGACCUUGAGGCCUUGGACUACGUCAAGUGUUUGCGCUGGAGAGUCUUCGAUGAGAAUGGUGCUUAUAUGGGACAGCGCUACGAAAUGCGCGAUAGGCAGCGCGAGCUGGGAUUCUCUGGCAAUGAAAUCAUGUGCCAUAGAGUAGACGCGCAUUCCCACCUCCGGCAAUUGGCAUUGUCCUACCCAAACACGCGUCUGCACCUUUCGUCAGGCGUACAGCGUCUCGACCCAGACACCGGAACCAUCAUGCUUCAAGACGGCACUGUCCAUCAGGGGGACCUGAUCAUCGGUGCCGACGGGAUCCACUCUAAGACUGUCCAAGCAAUUGCCGGGCCCUCGUGCGUUGCCCAGCCUUCCGGCUACAACAUCUUCCGCUUCAUGGUCCCCGUCAACAAGGCACGCGCAGACCCCGCCGUCUCCGCCUUCCUGGAUACAAUCGACAAUUUCCAGACCCACUGCGAUUUCCGUUGUGAGAGGGGUCCCCGCUUUGUAAUGUACACCUGCCGCGGAGGCACGUUGUUGAACUUCGGUCUGCUAGUCCCGGGCGAGCUUACCAAGCGCGAUCCGCAAAGCAUGGAUUGGACCAGCCCCAGUAGCCCGGAAGAGGUGUUGGAUGUGUACUACGAAUUUCCGCCCUUCUUGAAGACGUUGAUCAAAAUGGGCGAGGAUGUUAAGCACUGGGCCUUCGCGGCGAGAGAUAUUCCGCCGGUUUAUACCAAGGGCAAGCUUGUGCUAAUCGGGGAUGCGGCCCACCCCAUGCAUCCGACCCACGCGACUGGGGCGGUACAGGGAAUUGAAGAUGCUGCGUGCUUAGGCGAGCUGCUGACGCCUGACACUACGCCCAGUGAGCUUCCCAAGAGACUAAGAAUGUACAACGCGCUGCGUUAUGAGCGAACGGCGACGCUCAAAUAUGCUUCUGAGCUUAUGUCCGGCGGUGAUGCGGAUAGGCUCAAAGCGCUAAAGAGGUUUCUGCCGCACGCAAGUCUGCCAGAAGAUGUUGAUGCGUUUAUCUGGUUAUACGACGUGAUUGAGGAAACACAAAGAGCUUUGAGGGAACUACAGCGUCCGAUGGAGAGGUCUCGGCUGUGA